AUGAUUCCAUUUGAUCAACAGUUCUUUGUGGAAAAACAAAGAAAUAAUACAUAUGAAUUUCUAGUUUUCAUAGUAACAUUAAUACUUUUAGGUGGUCAUGGACUACUAUUUCAUUGGAUUCCAAAAAUAUUAAGAAGGAAAAGAGAUGAAAAUGGAUUAAAACAUUUAAAAUAUUUUAAAUUUUUGAAAAAUUGGGAUAAGUUUACUUCAAUCAAAAAGAUAACGAUAUUUAAUAAACCAAUUUUUUAUCAACCAAGUCUUGUAUUAUUUUGUUUUUUAUUUUGUUGUUUCAACACUGGAUUAGUUUUUGCACAAAUAAAAGAAAUUGAUUAUCAAGGUUUCAUGUACCCUGUAUCAAAAAGAAUUGGAAGAAUUGCUGUUGGUAAUUUACCAAUUUUGUUAUUCAGUGUUGCCAAAAAUGAUAUUUUAACAAAUUUAUCGGGUUUCCAAUAUGAUAGAUUAGAAUUUUUACACAAAUGGUUAAGUAGAUGGAUGUGGUUUUUAAUUUCAAUUCAUUUAUCUUUAGGUACUUAUUAUUGGUUGGAUAUGAAAUUCUUAAUUAUGAUAAUAAUUCCUCCUCAAAUUUUUGGGUUUAUGGCUUAUGGAUCAUUAUGUUUUUUGACUUGGGCUUCAUUAAAAUUUAUAAGAAGAUGGAGUUAUGACUUUUUUUUAUUUCAACAUAGAGUAUUUGCUUUUAUAAUGUUAUUUAUGUCAUUCAUUCAUAACGCAGGUAAUAGAGCUGCCGUGUUGAUAUCAGUACAUGCAUUGGUAAUUGAUAGAAUCAUACUGAAAGUAAUGGCUUAUAUUCAUAAAAAACACUCACCUACAAAAUGUAAAUCAACUUUUGAAAUUUUGGAUGAAGAUACAAUUGAGAUUACAAUACCUAUUAAGACUGAUGAAUAUAAGAAAGAUAAAUGGUACAAUAAAUAUUUAGCUUACAAAAACUGGAAAGCUGGACAACAUAUUUAUAUAAAUGUUGCUAAGAUAAAAUGGUUACAAUAUCAUCCUUUCACAAUUGCAAGUUUAUCCUCUUCAAAUGAUAUGAAAUUAUUAGUAAGAGUUCACAAAGGUUUUACUAAAAAAUUAAUGAAAUAUUUAUCUGAUGUAGAUCAUACUGAUCACGAAGAUGAAUUGGUAACAAUAGGUUCAAUGUUUCAUGGUCCUUAUGGUGCUGUUCAUCAACCAUUAAUAUCAUUUGAUCAUUGUCUAUUUUUAAGUGGUGGAUCAGGUGGUGCUUUCACUUUUCCUGUGUGUCUUGAUUUAUUAAAACAAAUAGAUGCAAAAAAUCUGGCUGGAGAUUAUUUAUUCAGACCAAGCGAACCUAAAAUCAGGUUUGUUUGGAUUAUUAGAAAGUACAAAAAUAUAAUUUGGUUUAAACAUAUCUUAGAUCAAUUAAUAGAUUAUUCAUUAGAAGGUAGAUUGAUAAUAGACAUUUAUAUAACACAAGAAAACAACAAACACGACUCAUACUCAUCAUCAACAUCAAAUGAGAUUUCAAUAGAUCGAACUUCAAUGGAAUCAAGUCUGGAAUUAUUAAAGAAAAACAAUAAUUUAUAUGAUAUAAGUCCUACACAAUUUAAAUCAUUAUACUCAGAAAAUACAAAACUUUUACCAACAAUCUCAACCUCAAAAACUAUUCAAUCAAACUCAUCACAAGUCAUAGAGGAAACAUCAAGUCAAGGUAAAAGUAGAGCUGAUAUACAGGUUGAAGUAAAUGAAGAAGUAGAAGACCCAGAAGUAGUUACUGAAAAUAAAUUCAAAUUACCAAAAUACAAUAUUUAUUAUGGAAGACCAGAUGUGGGUAAAAUUAUAAAAAAUCAUUCAAUUGAGUUAUCAAAAGAAAUGAAAUUAACAAAUACUUAUAAGUCAUUGGCGGUUGCAUCAUGUGGUCCUCCAUUACUUACAAAUAUAAUAAAAGAGCAGUGUCAAGAAGCUAGAAAAUUGAAAAAUUCACCUGAUGUUUAUUGUUAUACCGAAGCCUUUUGA